CUAAACAGGAGGUAAGGUGAGCAAACCCCGACUAUAGAAAGGAAGGAAGGAAAGAAAGAAAGGAAGGAGAGAGAAAUAAAAUAAAAUAAAAUCGCGUUUUCGCGUGCUGAAACCGCGAAGCGCUCGCGCCAUGUGAAACUCGCCCCGCGAGACCCGCGGCACCCGAGACGGACAACCGCAAAAGAAGCCAUCCAGAGGCUCAGCUGCCAUUUGCUUCCUGGAUCAAAGAUGAUCCGGAGCUUUCGCUCGUCCAUCCUCUCUUUGUGGCCGCUGUUUCUGCUCCUGGGGCUCCUGACCCCCGCCUCCCUCACAGACGAAUGUGGAACAAGGCCUGCGGUAGAUGAGUCCACAAUGGCCUCCCGGAUUGUAGGUGGGCAUGAUGCUGAACCUGGAGCAUGGCCGUGGCAAGUCAGUCUUCAAAUUCAUUACAGUGACAGAGCAUAUCGUCAUAUAUGUGCAGGAGUUUUAAUCAGUAACAACUCAGUGCUGACUGCAGCACAUUGCAUUCAAGAAUAUCCGAAACCAGACAAGUGGAAGGCUGUAGUUGGUUUGCAUCAUCUUUACAUACAUUGGCCUUUUUCUAAAGCAUAUCCUAUCAAAGAUAUCAUUAUCCACUCUGGUUAUGAAUUUGGAACUUUUGAAAAUGAUGUUGCCUUGUUCAGACUGAUGCAAUUUGUGAAGUACAAUGACUAUGUUCAGCCUAUCUGCUUACCUGACUCUGCUCACUUUCUGAGUGAUAAAUCUAAGAAUCCAUGCUUUAUAAGUGGGUGGGGAAGCACAAAGGAAGAAGGUAAAGGUGAACAUAUAUUACAAGAAGCUCAGGUUGACAUUAUUCCAUUGCAAAUCUGUAAUAGCUAUGAUUGGUAUGGAGGCACAGUAUCCCUGAAAAUGAUUUGUGCUGGCUCUGAAAGUGGACAUGUUGAUAGUUGCCAGGGAGACAGUGGUGGUCCUCUGGUGUGCUAUUUCCCAGAUACAAACAAAUAUUAUUUAAUAGGAAUCACCAGUUCUGGUGUUGGCUGUGGCAGACCAAGAUUUCCAGGACUCUAUGUGCGUGCUUCAAGUUACAAAAAAUGGAUACAUUCAUAUUUAUCUAACAAAACAAAUAUUGUAAGCCUUCAGCUUGUCCUAAUUUUGGGAGCUGCUGGAUGGAUAACUUUCCAUAUAACUGGCACCUGGAGACCCAGGUUCCAGUUUACCCUGAGCCACAGAAGCUCAGUGGGCGAGUUUGGAGCCCAAAGGCUGCUGUGCAGGAUUGCGGUGAUGAAAAUGGGAGGAGAGUGUGGAAUAAGGCCUGCUAUAAGCACAUUCGGGAGUCGGAUUGUAGGUGGACAUGAAUCUGAGGAGGGGGCAUGGCCAUGGAUAGUUAGCCUUCAAGUAUAUAACCAUGGUGGAGGAUUUAUCCAUUUAUGUGGUGGAACUUUAGUUAAUAACCGCUCCAUAUUGACAGCUGCACACUGCUGUAUAAAAAAACCGCGUCCAGGGAUGUGGAGGGCUGUGAUUGGCUUGCAUCAUCUUUUCAAACAUAAGACAUACACUAUAAAAAGACGCAUAAAAUCCAUCAAGAUUCAUUAUUACUAUGACUCAGCAACAUAUGAAGAUGAUAUUGCUGUGUUUCAACUAAGCAAACCUGUCAAAUUUAAUGACCAUAUUCAGCCCAUCUGCUUGCCUAAUGUUAAUCUUGCCCUGACUUCUGAUAUGAAAUGUUUUAUAAGUGGGUGGGGAACGAGAAAAGAAAAAGUGUCAUUCCUGAUGUGGCCUUUAGAAGGCAGUGGUUUCCCUCUCUCCGCUCGGCUCCUUCCCCUCGUGCACGUGCCGACGCGAGGUUUUUUCGCAGGGAGAGUGAUGGCUUUCCGGUGGCGGCAUCGCGGCGAGGAGGAGGCUCGGUCCCGGGCCAAGCGGCUGAGCCGUAGGAAGUUUUUUUUUUUUUUUUUUUUGCCCUCCAAUGCAGUGCCUAGCCUACCUGCCUAUGCAAGCCAUAGAGACCUUCUGACCAAGCGAUUAUUCCUGAAAAGAGACAAAAAGUGUCUCCGUACACCGCAGUGUGGAUGUGCUCUCUAUGUGGAUUUUAAGUGUUCUGCACGUCUAGAUUGUGCCACAAUUUCUGUAAAUGAUGAGUUGGAGUGGGACAAAAGUCAGAUAACACUAUCUCCUGGGUGA